AUGGCAGAAGAGCGAGGUACUCGCUUGCUUGCGAGCAUAUGGACGUUGGCGCUUCUUUCUCUUAUUUUGUUGUUCCUGCGUAUCUACUGCAAAAGAUGGAGAGGCAAGGGUUUGUGGUACGAUGACUGGUUCCUCAUCGCGGCCCAGGUGACACUAAUGAUCUCUGUGGCCAUCAAUACGUACUUGGUAUCUCUGGGAUUCGGACGACAUAUGGACACGAUCAGCGAAGAGAACUUGAGAACGAUCAACCUCAACACCAUCGUCGGUGCGGCUUUCGGUAUCAUCGCGACGACAACGAGUAAAACAUCCUUCGCCAUCACCUUGUACCGAAUUGCCACCAACGUGUGGAUGAAAUACUUCCUCAUAUUUGUCAUCAUCACCAUCAAUAUCUCGAUGAACUUGGUUUGGAUCUUUGGUCUCGCCAAGUGCUCGCCUCUUGCCAGAGUCUUCGAUAAGAAAGUCCCCGGUACCUGUUGGGAUCCAACGGCACUCCUUCAAUUCCAGCUCUUUGCCGCAUACUACUCGGCUGUCCUCGACUUUGUGCUUGCACUCCUCCCAUGGGCGAUCUUGAUGCGAAUGACGAUGCGACGACGAGAGCGACUUGGUGUUGCUGUUGCGAUGAGUUUGGGAGCGAUUGCUGGUAUGACUGGUAUCGUCAAGUCUGUUCUUGUUGUCAACAUGAAGAGCCAAGACAUCACUUACGAUCGUGUCGACCUUACCAUUUGGACCUUGACAGAACCUGCUGCUUCCAUCAUGGCUAUUUGCAUUCCAGUCUUGCGAAUGCUCUACCACGAACUCAAGUCAAGCUCAAGGAGCUACAACAAGAACAAGACCAACACAACCCCCAACGACCACGAAACCAGAAACACGGUCCCGUCAUCACAAGCUAGACAAUCCAGACGAUACGGUCCCAACUCACGAUAUGGUCGAAACUCGGUGGUUAUCAUGUCCGGCUGGCAGGAGUCGCAAGAGCAUCUACAAGACUCUGACGAAAGCAUCAGCGGCAUGAAGGCAUCCGUGAGCUCAGGUGGCGUCAUGAAGACGGAGGAGGUCAGGGUGCAACACGAGCGCUUGAGCACAUUUAGCGACGAGCACUCAAUAGAGUUGAGGAGCUUGCCGCAAGCGCAAGUCAAGGGUGGUUAUCAGAGCCAUGAGCAUGAGCGAGCGCCUUCUUUCUAA